AACCAAUGGGAAUCCAUGCCUAUUAUUGAUAUGUCCAACUAGGAAGACCCAAGUGUCGCAAAUUCGAUCUGUGAUGCAGCAGACAAAAGGGGUUCUUCCAGAUUAUAAACCAUGGGGUGCCCCUGGAAGUGCUGGAUAAUGUUCAUGGUGCAACUCAUAGGUUCUUCGGACUUCCAGCUGAGGAGAAGAAUAAGUAUUCCAAAGACUAUUCUUCUUCUAAUAGUGUCAGGUUUGGCACAAGCUUUAGGCCUCAAGCUGAGAAGGCUUUGGAGUGGAAAGAUUUACCUUCGUCUCUUCUCUAGGCCUGAAGUGAAAGCUGCUGCACUCUGGCCUCCUGCUUGCGGGUGAAAAUCUAAUAAAAAUCACUUAUAUCAUUGUUUGAUCUCAGGGAUGAAGUGCUGGAAUCCAUGAAGGGCUCUGAAGUUAUGAUCAAGCAAUUGCUUCAGGUUCUGAUGAAGAGAUUGAAUAUAAAAGAAAUUGAUGAAACCAAAAAAUCUCUCUUGAUAGGGUUAGUGAGAGUCAACCUAAGCUACUAGUACUCCCCCAUAUUGUUCGAACCUUGAACUCACUGUUGGAAUGGGACGUCACUCCAAUGUCACAACCCUUACAAUGCCCCUCCAAGAUGAAAUUGGAGGGCCAUACAUAAAAGGACAUUAAGGAUAGCUGGAUUCAUGUCCCUCCCAUCAAUGGCUGCCUUGCGAUUUAACAUUGGGGAUGCUCUGUAGACACUAAGCAAUGGUUAAUACAAGAGUAUUGAACACACGUGUGAUUGCUAAUGCUAGUAAGAACCAGAUUUCAGUCCCCAUUUUCGUUAACCCAAGGCCUUUUGGAUAUGAUUGGACACUUGCCGGAGAUGCUUGCAAACAAUGAGAAACCAAUUUACAAGCAAGUUCUGUAUGACUGUAUUCGGAUUAUGUGAAGCAUUUCUGUCGGAAGGCACAUGAUGGCAAGGACACAGUAGGAUUUGCCAAGAUACCAACAUAAAUUGUUUUUGUUUUU